ACAGCAUGCAGGGUUCAGAGGUGCACUGUGUACAGCAUGCAGGGUUCAGGGAUGCUCUGCUUACAGAGUGCAGGGUUCAGGGGUGCGCUGCGUACAGGGGGCAGGGUUCAGGGUGCGCUGCAUACAGAGGGCAGGGUUCAGGGGUGCGCUGCAUACAGAGGGCAGGGUUCAGGGGUGCACUGCGUACAGGGGGCAGGGUUCAGGGGUGCGCUACAUACAAAGUGCAGGGUUCAGGGGUGCGCUACAUAAAGAGUGCAGAGUUCAAGUGUGCACUAUGUACAGAAGGCACUGUUCAGGGUUGCGCUGCAUACAGAGUGCAGGGUUCAGGGUUGUGCUGUGUACAGAGUGCAGGGUUCAGGGUUGUGCUGUGUACAGAGUGCAGGGGAUCA